GACAUAGCUUCAAAGAUAAUGGCUUUCUCCCAGCAAGGGCCACGUACAGUUUGUAUUCUAUCUGCAAAUGGAGCCAUCUGUAAUGUCACCCUUCGCCAACCAGCAAUGGGAGGUGGCACUGUGACUUACGAGGGCCGAUUCGAGAUCAUCUCAUUGACAGGUUCCUUCUUGCGGUCGGAAAGUAAUGGCAGCAGCGGACCUAGCGGUCUAAGUGUGUCACUGGCUGGGGCAGAUGGUAGAGUAUUGGGUGGUGGAGUUGCAGGAAUGCUUAUGGCUGCCACACCAGUGCAGGUAAUCGUGGGUAGCUUCCUUGCUGAAGGCAAAAAGCCAAAGUCUAAGGCUCCAUCUUCAACGCCACCACCAUCCAAUAUGUUGAAUUUUGGUGCUCCUGCCGCCACAGGGGAGAGCCCUCCUUCUCAAGGUGAUGCCUCAAGUAACUCAUCUGAUGAAAAUGGCAACAGUCCCAGUCCUUUCCACCAUGAACAGGGACCUUAUGGUAACGCUGGCCAACCAAUGCAUGGGAUGUCAAUGUAUGCAAACAUGGGCUGGCCAAAAUCGCUGUGAAAACACUUCUUUUUUAGUUGACAUGACGUUGCCAAGGGUAUUUGGCUUCCUCAUUCCCCUGCAACAGAGUUGGCAGUUGAUUCGCGAUGCUAACAGGCAGAGUAUAGGAGUUUCUUGAUUUCUCGACUUGAGCUUAUUUCCUUAUUCCCCCCCCGCCCCCCCCGCUUCGAUCCCCCACCUUUCAGUAUGUAGUUGAUUUGCACUAGUUGAGGUAAAAGUCAUGGCUGAUUUACAGAAAUCCGUCAUGGUUUCUUUGGCACCAUGUCUUUAGUAGUACAUGUUAGGUGACAUUUUGAGUAUCAGAGUUUUUUAACUUCUAGGAAUUAUUAGAUGGGUAGAAAUUCUUCUAAAUGAAUGGAGUAUUUUCUUCA